AUGGCUGGCUCCAGCAUAAUGCUGGAUUGCAAAAAGCUCAUAAUAUUAUUGUUUUGUUCAAUUUUUGUUGUAAAUGUAAUUGCAACAACACCAAUAAAUGUAUCACCUCAAAGUAUAUCAGAUUUAUUGGUGCAGAGUGCUUUAAAUUCUCUUAAUGAAGACUCACCAACUCGUCAUACUUACAAAAGUGGAAAUGUUAUCAAUUCACAGAAAUUGGUACAGCCACCAUAUACUAUCUAUCGUUUAACACUAAACUUGGAAACAGAUUGCCAUGAUUCAUCAUGUCCACGUGAAGUUUGUGCUAUUGACAUUAAACAGCACGAAGUUGGUGUUAUCGAAGUUGAGAGUAAUUCCAAGCAAUGCAUGUAUUUAUAUCCUCAAUUAAAACAAAAUAUUAAUCAAGUUUCAUCAAACAGUAUGCAAGAUAUUCAAGAGCAAGAGAUUGUCGAAAAUUUAGAUAAGCAAGUAGUAAAUGAUAGCGUAAAACUCGAUCAUGAAGAUCAAGAGGUACUUGAUCAAAAUGAUAAACCUUUUAUAGCAAUGAGAGCAUCUCAUUAUUGUCCGGGUUGUCCUUAUGAGCUUAAUCCAACUUUGCCAGGUCUUGCAGCUUUUGGAGAACUUGCAGCUGAUUCAUUAGAUCAAUCGAGCCGUGAUGAUUACAAAUAUCGAGUAGUUAGAAUUGUACGAGUAACUCGAUCUGUUCCACCGGGAUCUGAUGUUGUUCGCUAUGAGUUGCUGUUGGAAAUGGGCCAAACAAAUUGUCGUAAAACAGAAGAUAACUUACGGUCAGAAUGUUCUCUGCAGAUUAAUCAACCUACCAUUCUGUGUGCUGUAAUGAUUGAUGAACGUCCGUGGCUUACAAAUAGCCGUCGAUUGAUUCGUAAUAACUGUACGGAAACUCGUGAUCAAAUGAAUAAUUUAAACGGUAAUGGUAAUGCUCAACCACAUUUGGCUGGAGAAUCCUUGACGAGUAAUGGACCGAUUCAACAACAAGGUGAAGACGUUAACCAAGAUCGGGUUAAAAACCUUGCUGAUGAAUUGUUAGUGGUACCAAUAUCUACAUCUGAAUCUGGAAGUAAUAAUGAAGAAGAAUCAAAAUUAACUGAGCCACCUUUUACGCGAACUGUCUUGAAAAAAGAUGAUACUUUAAAGAAACUUGUCAAAGGAUUUACUGAUAAAUUUAGAGAAUUUGAUGAAUUUUUGAAGGACUUUGAUAUUCCUGAGAAAACGACUAAGCAAUCAGAACCGAGUGUCAAUGGACCUGAAGUUAUUGAAGAAAUAAUUCGCCCCGAAAAAAUUGAAACUGACAUUACCAGUGAGAGUCAAGAACCUAAUGUCAAGAUAUCACGGAAAAAAAGGUCUUUGAAUUCAGAGCCAAAUCUCGUCAAGAGCUUAGCGCAGAUGGCUGUUGAUUAUCUUGAUGAAGUUGAUACAGACGAUAAGAAACGAGUAGUAGUAAAAGUUAUAGAUUCAAAAGAGGAAGAAAAAACGAAAACCAAUAAAAAUCUUCAUAGUAUUAUAGUUAUGGUUGGAACGACGAAUUGCCUUGAAGAGCGACAAGAUGAUCUUGAAGAAUGUAUCAUCAAAUCCGACAAACCAUUGAAAAUAUGUAAAAUUCAUAUGAUUACAGAAAACGAUAAUCCAUUGAAGAAUGCUAAAGUUUUAGAUGUUCAGUGCUUUGACAAAAAGGAACAAAGAUUUAAGAGAGAUCAAGAUCAUAUUCUCGGAGGUGUGAGUUCAACAUCAACUGAUGAUUUACAGAUACAAGAAUUUGUACAGAAAGGUUUGAAAAAAUACUCAUCUGGAUACAAAGGUACAAAAGAGCCUGUUGUUGCGGAAAUUGUUAGCGCUUCUCAACAAGUCGUUGCUGGAACUUUGUACAAUAUUACCGUUAGAUUUGGUGAGAGUGAUUGUUUUAAAGGUGAAGUAGCCAAAACAUGCUUAUUAACUGAUAACAGUCCAAUUGAAGAGUGUUUUAUUACUGUCUGGUCAAGACCUUGGUUGAAGGAAAAUCCAGAGGAAAUUAAAGUUAAAUGUGGGGAAGAAAAAAGUCGUGAGAAACGAAAUCUCAAAGGCGCUAAUUAUUCAGCUAAGAUGUUGAAGUUGGCGCAAGAAUUAAAAAAAGAUCAAGCUACUGAAUCAGUUGAACCAGAAAAUAAAAAUCAAGAGAAACGAUCUCUCAAAGGUUCUAAUUACUCAUCAAAAAUGAUGAAAAUGGUUCAGGAUUUGAAAGAUGAACGAGCUUUUGAAUCUUUCCAAAAAAAGUACCAACGUGUUUACACUUCUGAAAAAGAAAAAGCUGCACGAUUCAAAAUUUUUAAAAUAAACAUGAAAGUUGCUGAAACACUCCAAGAAUAUGAACAAGGUACUGCAUUAUAUGGACCGACGAUGUUUGCUGAUAUGACAACUGAUGAAUUUCGCUCAUACACUGGUUUAAGAUCAGAUUUAAGAUCUGAAAACCAAAUACCUUUUCCUAUGGCUAAAAUUCCUGACAUUGAAUUGCCUAAUGAGUACGAUUGGCGUCACUAUAACGUUGUAACUCCCGUUAAAGAUCAAGGCCAAUGUGGAUCCUGCUGGGCUUUUUCUGUUACUGGUAAUGUUGAAGGACAGUAUGCUAUUAAGCAUAGCAAACUCUUAUCAUUAUCUGAACAAGAAUUGGUGGAUUGUGAUAAAUUGGAUGAUGGAUGCAACGGGGGAUUACAAGAAAAUGCUUAUCGCGCUCUUGAAGAAUUAGGAGGACUUGAGUUGGAAGAUGACUACCCCUAUGACGCUGAAGAUGAAAAAUGUCACUUUAAAAAAAAUAAAGCUGCUGUUGAAAUUGUUUCUGCAGUUAAUAUCACAUCCAAUGAAACUCAAAUGGCACAGUGGCUAGUUAAAAAUGGACCUAUGGCUAUCGGUAUUAAUGCUAAUGCGAUGCAAUUUUACAUGGGAGGAAUAUCACAUCCUUUCAAGUUUCUUUGUAGUCAUGACAAUCUCGAUCAUGGUGUCCUUAUUGUCGGAUACGGAGUUCACACUUACCCAUUAUUCAAGAGAGUUAUGCCAUUUUGGAUAGUUAAAAAUAGUUGGGGAACAGGCUGGGGAGAGCAAGGAUAUUAUCGAGUCUAUCGAGGCGAUGGGACAUGUGGUCUCAAUACUGAUGUCUCUAGUGCUAUUGUUGCUUGA